AUGACUAUUUCUCUUACAAUCAGUUCAAUUGAAACACUUUUUAAGAAAAGAAAGGAUGAGUUAGAAUUACAACGUCAAAUGUUUAAUGAGAAAAAAGAACAAAUAUUACAUAUAGAAUGUAAAGCUACAGAAACAUAUAAAAAUAUAGAAAAUUUAUCAAAUAAAGAAGAAUGUAAGAAUAACACAUAUUAUCAAACAAUAUUAUUAAUGUCUUUAAAAUCAUUACAACAUAUAAAAGAAAUAAAAAGAAAAAUUAUAAAAUGUAUUCAAGAAAUAUAUAGUGAAAUAAUUACUUUAACAUUCUAUAUUAAUACUACUCGUUAUAGAAAUUCUUUAUUUAUUGGAAUACAAAAACCUUCAUUAACAAUUACUUGUUUUAAUAAAAAUGGUGCUAUUGACACUGACCAUCAAACUCUCCACACAAAAUUUGAAGGUAAAUUUUUACAAACAUUUAGUUCUAAUAUUAAAGAAGUAAAAUUUAAUCGUUUGAUAAUUCCAAUAAGUUUUGGAAAUCAUUUUUCUCCAGCAUUUUCAUGUAUUACAAUAAAGAGUAAUGAACUUUAUAUUACUGGUGAUAUUAAUAAUCAUACAAUUAAGUUAAUUACAAUUAUGAAAGAUAGAAACUUUUCUGAAGAAUUUAGUCUUAAAGUAGAACAUCCAACAUGUAUUGUAGAACAUAAGAAAAGUUCAUUAUUUUAUAUUAGUGAUAAACAACUUCAUCGUGUAUUUAUUUUUAAUAAAAAAACUGGUGAUUUUAGAUCAUUUGGUGGAUACGGAAAUGAACCAGGUAAAUUUAAUGAACCAAUGUGUAUUGCAAUUGACUCUUUUGAUAAUGUUUAUGUUGCUGAUGCUAUGAACUUUAGAAUUCAAAUUUUCACACUUAAUGGAACAUAUAUAUCAUCAUUAAGUUUUCCUAAUCAACGAACACCGUUUUAUCCACACUGUAUUUUAUUUGAUGAAGAUCAAUUGAUAGUAAUAGAUAAUUGGGGAAGUUCUAUCUUUUCAAUUAAUCCAAAACAAAAAAAAGUGACUUCUAUUAUUUCUAGAUAUGGUGGAGCAAAAGGGUUUGUUAAUAGACCAACAUUUGCUUGUAUUGACAAAUAUAAAAGACUAUUUGUUAGUGAUAGCGGAAACAAUAGAAUUGCUUGUUUUAAGAAAAAUAAUUUUCUUGGGUCAAUUGAAAUGAAAACUUUGGGAUUAGUUGGUUCUCCAUUAGGAAUUAGUGUCAGUGAUAAAAAACUUAUUUUCUCGACAACAGCAAAUGAACCUUAUUUAAAUUGUGUGUCAAUAAAGAAUUUCCCAAACCCAACUUUUAUUUUGUAA